AUGAAUCUACCUGCACUUUUACAGUGUAUACUCCUGGAGCUCCUAACUGUUAACUGUCAGCAGCUGUUGAUGCAGGGACGCAUUGUGGGAGGGUACGCACCAGCUCCACAUUCCAUCAAAUACAUCGUGUCCAUCCAGAGCACAACAGGCCAGCAUUUCUGUGGGGGAACCCUCAUCAAUAAAUACUGGGUCCUGACAGCAGCUCACUGUAAUAUAGGGGCUGAGCGUACGAUGAUAGUGGCAGGGGAUUAUUCUCUCAGUAUGUAUGAAGGUACUGAGCAAUUUCUCAGGCCCCAUCUCCUCAUACCCCACCCAAAGUACAACAGCACCACAAACAACGCAGAUAUCAUGCUCAUUAAGCUGAAAGCCCCAGCGUUCUUGAACAGCUACGUGUCCAUCGCUCCACUGCCACGUCAGGGCUCGUCUGUGGCAGAGGGCCGUGUGUGCAGGGUGUCCGGCUGGGGUUACACGAGCUCCAGCGGGGGCCAGAUCCCCUCCACGCUCCACACUGUCAAACUUCCCAUAGUCUCCACAUCCAAAUGCAACAGCACUGACUCUUUCAAUGGAAAUAUCACUGCCAACAUGAUUUGUGCAGGGUACAGCACUGGAGGAAAGGAUGCCUGCAGGGGAGAUUCUGGAGGACCAUUGGUGUGUGAGGGGCGUGUUUAUGGUGUGGUGUCAUGGGGUAACGGCUGUGCGGAUGCGAAAUAUCCUGGAGUUUACACGUCUGUGUCAAAGUUUCGCAAGUGGAUAGACAACACCAUAUACAGCUUCUACGGCAGAUGCCUUACAAAUUAG